UCCGCGCCCGGGGCGUGCGGGAAGAUGGCGGCGGCCGCGGAGGAGGCGGAGGCGGCGGCGGCGGAGGCGGCGGCCUGGGCGCUGCCGCCGGAGGUGGAGGUGCUGGAGUCCAUCUACCUGGAGGAGCUGCGGGUGGUGCGGGGCCGGGGCAGGUGGGAGCCCUGGGAGGUCAGCAUCACCCUGCACCCCGCCACGGGGCAGGACCAGGACGCCCAGUACGUUCGCUUCACCCUGGUGCUCUCCGUGCCCCCCCAGUAUCCCAGCAAAGCUCCGGAGAUCUCAAUCAGGAACCCCCGGGGGCUGUCAGAUGAGCAAAUUCAAAAGAUUUCCCAGACCCUCAGAAGUGUUGCUGAAGCCAGGCUGGGGACAGAGGUGCUGUAUGAGCUGAUUGAGAAGGGGAAGGAGAUUCUCACUGACAACAACAUUCCUCACGGCCAGUGUGUGAUCUGCCUCUAUGGAUUCCAGGAGAGAGAAGCCUUCACGAAGACCCAGUGCUACCACUACUUCCACGCCCACUGCCUGGCCCGCUAUGUCCAGCACAUGGAGGAGGAGAUCCUCAUGCAGCAGGAGGAGAGAGAGCAGCACCUGGCACCAUCCCCCAAACGGGAAGUGGGUGUGCAGUGCCCUGUGUGCCGGGAGACCCUGGUCUACGAUCUCUGUGCUCUGAAGGCAGCGCCGCCCCCGCAGCACCCGCUGGAGCCGUACAGGCCGGAUGCCAAGACGCUGCAGCACCGGGAAGAACUGCGCUUGAUUUUCAAGAGACAGCAAGAGAAAGGGGGCAUCAUUGACCCUGAGGCAGAGAGGAACCGCUACUUCAUCAGCCUCCAGGCGCCUCCAGCUGCUGUUGACUCAGGCCAAGCAGCCACUGCCUCCGAGCUGCCGGGGAGCGCGGGCUCUGCUGACGGGCGCCCACCGCCCGGCCCAGCCUCAGCUCCAGAGCCAGCUGGGGCAACAGAGGCCAGGGCAGAAGCUGGGCAGCCCGAGAGGCCUGCUCUGCCCAGGGAGCAACAGAGCAAGAGGGAGAGGCACAGAGGGGAAAGGCCAGGCCCCAAAGGCCAGGGCAGACACUCGUGCAGUGGCUUGCAGGAACCAGCAGAGGAAGCCUGUCGUCUGCUCCAUGGCUCCAGGGGGCCCAGGGGCUUCAGCCGGAGACCAGAGCGGAGACCUGGUGGGAGGCACAGCCAAGAUUUUCCAAAGCCUCACUGCAGAAGCAGGGUUGCUGCCUCGGUUGAGGGAAAGGAGUUGUGCCCUGAAGACUCCUCACCAGCAAAAGAGGCAGUGGACUUGAAAGAGGAGCACCAUGAUGUGGAAAGAUGGAACCCAGAGGAGGGGGCUGAGGCCCAGGGCAGGGAAAAGGAGAACCUGGCGUUCAACCGCAGUGACCACAGAGCAGCUCCCAGUUGGCAGGCCCACCACAGGCCCUGGGAUUAUGGGAGGUGGGAGAGGUCCAGGGCCCGGGAGCAUGGUUCCUACCCCAGAGCACCAAGAGGGCGAGGGGUGUUCAGGCCCAGUGGACGAGAAGCCCAUGUCCUUGAGAAGGAGAGUGGCUCCUAGCAGGACUGGUGAGGGGCUGGGCUGGGGGAGGCAAGGGCCGUUUCUGGGGAGAACAAUGAAAGCUCUGGUGGAGCAGUAGCAAGCAGACACUGUAUCCCUUGGGAGAGAAGAGGCAGAUGGCAUGUGGCACAGCUUGAGAUGGGCAGUGUUAUCAGGGUAUGUGCAGGGGAAAGCAUCCUCAUGUGAGUGACUGGCUGUCACCAGCACUAGAGAAGCUGACUCCUGGACAGAUCCUGUCAGCCGUGGUAUCGGAGGACCCAGAGGACAAAGGAAGCUCUGACUGAGGACCUGCAGCCAUCAUCCCUGUAUGUGAGCUGCCAAAAAACGUGCAUAUCUACAGGGCAAAAGGACUGUGUCCAGCACAGUGCCACAGCAGAGACAGAGUUGUGGCAGGACCUUCCCUGGAAGUCAGUUUUCUGACAGAGCUGUGGUGGUGCCAGGUGAUGAGGCUGUGCCAGGGCAGCAGCCUGGAGCUCAGCUUGCUGUGUCCUCUAGUCCUUCUCAGAGCACCUUCUCAACUGCUGGCCCUGUCCCUUGGAGACAUCACUUCUCCCAUAGCAAGUCCUUCCUGCUCCCCCAGGAAGCCUGAGUUUAGCUGGAGUUCCUGCAAUGUCCUUCAGCUGCUUUGCGCAGGCAGAAGCUGAUCUGGGAGACCUGGAAAGAGCACUCUGCUCUGCAGCCAGUAUAUUGGGAUCCUGCUCUAAGGCCAGGCUGUCUCUUGGAGCUCCUGACAGCCCGGAGUGAAGACAUGUGCUGAUACUUGGGAUAGUCUUACCCUCCUUUCAACUACAAGCUGAUCUUGCUUCAAAGAAAUGAGGACUUGCUGUUUAAUCUGACUUGGUGCAGUUCCUUCUGCUGCUGCUUCACAGAUGUAAAGUGUCCCACUCCAGAGCCCCAAAGGGCAGUCCCAAACCUCUGAAGUGGCACACUGCUACAAAUUAAUUCAUUGGGUCUUUUCCAGAGCCUGCUCCCUCUGUUUUCUCUGUCCUCUCGUUCCUGUUCUUUGCUGUUUGGAGUGAAGGUUUUGAUCCCAGGUAUUGCUCACCCCCCUCCUUGCUCCCUACACCCAGGCCCACAGAAGACUUUCCCCUGGCACUCCUGGGUGCAGGAGGGCUCCAGUCCCUGCUUUGCCUGCCUCAGUGCAAGCUGACCCAGGUACAGCCAGACCCUGACUGUACUCAUUCCUUCACACUUGUUUGUGCCUUGUGCCCCCCACCUUUCCUCUAGCCACUUGUGGGUUGUUACUGUCUUCCUCCUCCUGCUGAGUGCAGAAAUGGCCAUGCUGCAAAGGACUUGCCAGUGCUGGGGUUAGGUCCCUCAGAAGCCAAGGGCUGUGUGCCAGCUGUUAGGGCAUUGUUGCUGCAUCUGCCUGGCUGAUCCUUCGGCAUGUGAAGGGUGCCCAGAAGCUGUCUCUUGAACAGGCCCUCCUCACCUGCUGCCCUGCUUGCUCCAGGCCUGGCCUUGUCCUGAAGGGGCUGGCUUAACCUUCUGCCCAAGAACUUUCCAUUCUUAAAUUUCCAGCACUGUCCUGUUUUCAACCCUAAUGCUCUAAAAGCUUUUUUUUCCCCCCUCCUUGGUCUGAGGCUACACUACUUGUCCUGGGCUUGGGGAUCUGAGAGCCAGACAUCAUGCCCUGCUGUGGACAAAGGCUGAGCAUUCGCUCCCUGAAGAGAGCCCUAAUUUUUCUUCAGUGCUCACUCUUUGUUCCAGCUGCUUCUUGGUUGAACAGCCUGUCCACACUUGGGUGACAAAGUGUAAACUGUAUCUGACAUUGGUGCUCGUUCUGCUGCCUCCUGCCUUCACUUGCCAAAUUGCCAUGGUCCAGAAAGGUUUUUUAUUAUGUCCUGAAAGAAACUAAUACCUCUGUUCCUCACAGCCGCUGAAGUUCCAUGGCUUCCUCCAGUCAGCCAGGCUCAACUCUCAGCAGGAAGACUGCUGUGCCUGGUGUUUGGAACAUGUUCAGCCAUGGAACUUGGUGUGAGCUAGGGCUGGGGUAACUUCAGUUAAAUGCCAGAUGUGUUAGAGCGGAGGGAUUUUUCCUGGGAUCAGGGAAUUAAUAGGGCCCCUCACCUUUCUGACUCAUUGCUGUCAGCCUGGAGGACAGGACAUUUUGCAACAGCAUGUGGAAAUAAAUUUAGGCUAAACAAAACAAACCUCCACAUUGGAAGGAAUGGAGCCUGCAACCUACCCUAGGGCUCCUGGCUUGGCGUCCACCUGCGUUACCCACCUACCUCACAGGGCUGUUGUGAGAUUUGAUGGGCAAAAGCACUCGGGCCGGGCAGAGGGGCAGUGGCAGCGUCUGUAGCAUUAACACUAUUAAAAGCAAGCAGUGACAAACGUU